AUGCUCUUAACCACUAAGCUACCUGCCGGGAUCUACUUCAGUGGCAGCGUGCAUGGGGCAGAGAGACUGUGGAAGGGCUCACCUGGCGAGGAGUACCUGUACUUCAUUGAGGCACAGGUGCUGACUGGCAAGUCAACUGUUGGCUGUCCUGGUCUCAUUGUGCCACCUCCCUUUGCCAGAGACCCACUCACCCUGUUUCAUAGUGUGAAAGGAGGCAAAGACACCUGGGUCAUCUUCAAUGGUCACCAGGCUCUACCUGAAUAUCUGAUCACCUGCAAAAAGCCUACAUACGUAAAACCUCACGCAUUGUUCAACUGGGGCAUCGCUAACAAGCCACAAAAGAAUGAGGACUUUGCCAUCGAGGACCGGGAAGUGGAUCCGGCUGUCUUCCACAUUUCUUCCAGAGUGGGUCAAGUAAAUCGUCUGAUCAAGGACCUGACCCUAAAAGAUCCAGACAGGAAUAUUAAAGUGACCAGCAACAUGGUGGAUUGGCAGUAUCAGCAGCAGCCAGGGAGGCAGUUCCAGAGCUUCCACGGCAGCCAGGGGGGCAGUACCAGAGCUUCCACGGCAGCCAGGGGGGCAGUACCAGAGCUUCCACGGCAGCCAGGGAGGCAGUACCAGAGCUUCCACGGCAGCCAGGGGGGCAGUACCAGAGCUUCCACGGCAGCCAGGGGGGCAGUACCAGAGCUUCCACGGCAGCCAGGGAGGCAGUACCAGAGCUUCCACGGCAGCCAGGGGGGCAGUCCCAGAGCUUCCACGGCAACCAGGGGGGCAGUACCAGAGCUUCCGCCACAUCCUUAA